AUGUCAGCAAGAAUCUGGUGCACGAAAAGUGCUGAUUUUCAGCAACCAGAUCCUUUAUGGGCAAUGUUGAUCUGUUCAUAUUCGUCUCGUUAUUUUGACACUUCAACAAACGUCUCUCCUAUCUUUCGGUGCCUGUCAACGCAUUGGAACAGGCAAGGACUGCAAGGGGAACCAAGGCCAGACGGGAGGCUGUCUAUGCAGGACUACCGACUACGAGCCAAUACUCCUGCUACUGUGCCAGGACGCCUGACACUCCAGAGGACCUGCGUCAGAUCCUACUACACCACCGACUACGAGCCAGAACUCCUGCCACUGCGCCGAGGCCGGCGCUCCCAAGGACCUGCGCCAGACCUCCCCGCUACAGCAUUCAUGCGGGACUUGUUAGCGUACGGGUUAAUUAUUCGUGUAGUCGACAGGAUUCCCGGAGCCCCAUUUGCUGCUACGACAGCCAUUCCCCAUGAUCGUAUUCCUCAACUCCCUACAAUUCGUCACCCUCAAGAUGUCGUCCGCAAACCUGAAAAAGGUGGUGUGGGAGCUGUCCCUUUUCUAUACUGGUGCUAUUCCACCGCACUCUUACCAAGGAGCGACAGCGACUCAUCGUUUGGAGGCUUGCUCACUAAAAUUUGGUUGAGGACGGAGGUGUUGUAUAUUCUCCCAUUGUCGAUCCACCAAGAGGCAAAACCUUGCACAUGGGUGGAGAUACAGUGUCACUUUACACUCGUUUCCGAAUGA